AAGUGCGCGGGUCCCAAAGAUGGCGCCUGGAACCCGGAAGUGAGCGGCGGCCACUCUGAGGUUCGGGGAAACUGAGGCGCCGCGGGCUCCGCCCGGCCGCACUCGGGUCCGAGGACGAGAUGCCGCCACCACGGAGCAAGAAGCCCAGAUAGGUGCCUUGUGGCCCUGGGUCUCCCAACCCUCACCUGCUGCCACCUGAUGCUCGCAGUGGGGCCUGUCAUGGAUGGGGAGUGCCCUCAGCACGAGCCCCCGCCAGUGGGCAGCCUCCUCUGUCCCACGUCCCCACUGCAGAACCCCCUCCUGCACUAUCCCUACCCCUGGUGGAGCAGCUUCCCACAGGCACCGCAUCCAGCCUUCUCCAGUGACAGCCAUCAGUUCAUGAGCCCCACCUCCUUUGGCAGCCAGCCCUGCCUGGACACCAGCUACCCUGCUGUGGCCACCGCCCCCAGCUUCCUGCCAAAGAGCAGCGACUUGCAUCAGGACGCCUCGUACCUCGAGGACCUCUCCAAUGCCUCCAUCUUCUCCUCGUCCAUUGACUCCCUGUCUGACAUCGCAGACACCCCCGACUUCCUGCCAGCAGACAGCCUCAGCCAGGUGCCCACCAUCUGGGAUGUGAACACCAGCUCGUCCACCCACGACAAGCUGUUCCUGCACAGUGGGCCCUUUUCAGGCCUCGAGGACCCCGGGACCUCCCUCCCUAGCACUCCGCUUCUCGUCAGCUACCAGUCACAGAGCCAGCCCGAGGAGGAGGACGAGGCGGACGAAGAGGAGGAGGAGGCUGAAGAGCUGGGUCACGCAGAGACCUACGCAGACUAUGUGCCGUCCAAAUCCAAGCUCGGGAAGCAGCACCCAGACCGUGUGGUGGAGACCAGCACACUGUCUAGUGUCCCUCCACCUGACAUCACCUACACCCUGGCACUGCCCACCGCAGACAGCGGGGCCCUGUCUGCCCUGCAGCUGGAGGCCAUCACCUAUGCCUGCCAGCAACACGAGGUCCUGCUGCCCAGCGGGCAACGCGCAGGAUUCCUAAUUGGAGACGGGGCUGGCGUGGGCAAGGGCCGGACAGUGGCUGGUAUCAUCGUGGAGAACUACCUGCGUGGCAGGAAGAAGGCCCUCUGGUUCAGUGUCUCCAACGACCUCAAGUAUGACGCAGAGCGGGACCUGCGGGACAUUGAGGCUCCAGGCAUCGCCGUGCACGCGCUGAGCAAGAUCAAGUACGGCGACAACACUACCUCAGAGGGCGUCCUCUUCGCCACCUACUCCGCCCUGAUCGGGGAGAGCCAGGCUGGUGGGCAGCACCGCACGCGUCUGCGGCAGAUUCUCCAGUGGUGCGGGGAGGCCUUUGAGGGCGUGAUUGUGUUUGACGAGUGCCACAAGGCCAAGAACGCCAGCUCCACCAAGAUGGGCAAGGCCGUGCUGGACCUGCAGAACAAGCUGCCCCUGGCCAGAGUGGUCUACGCCAGCGCUACAGGUGCCUCUGAGCCGCGAAACAUGAUCUACAUGAGCCGCCUGGGCAUUUGGGGUGAAGGCACGCCCUUCCGGACCUUUGAGGAAUUCCUACACGCCAUUGAGAAGAGGGGUGUAGGUGCCAUGGAGAUCGUAGCCAUGGACAUGAAGGUCAGCGGCAUGUACAUCGCACGCCAGCUCAGCUUCUCUGGAGUCACCUUCCGUAUCGAGGAGAUCCCCCUGCCCCCAGCUUUUGAGCAUGUCUACAACCGCGCAGCGCUGUUGUGGGCCGAGGCCCUGGGCGUGUUCCAGCAGGCGGCCGACUGGGUGGGCCUCGAGUCGCGCAAGUCCCUGUGGGGCCAGUUCUGGUCGGCCCACCAGCGCUUCUUCAAGUAUCUGUGUGUCGCUGCCAAGGUGCGCCGGCUGGUGGAGCUGGCCCGCGAGGAGCUGGCCCGAGACAAGUGUGUGGUCAUCGGGCUACAGUCAACAGGCGAGGCGCGGACCCGUGAGGUGCUGGACGAGAACGAGGGGCACUUGGACUGCUUUGUGUCCGCUGCUGAAGGCGUCUUCCUGUCGCUCAUCCAGAAGCACUUCCCCUCCACCAGGAGGAAGCGGGACAGAGGCGCUGCCAAGCGGAGACGGCGGCCGCGGGGCCGUGGGACCAAGGUCCCCAGGCUGGCGCUGGAGGGGGCUGGUGUAAUCCACAUCAGUGAUGACAGCAGCACCGAGUCAGACGCUGGCCUGGACAGUGACUUCCACUCCUCCCCGGAGUCCCUGGUGGACGACGAUGUGGUCAUUGUGGACACCACAGGGCUCCCCACAGAUGACCGAGGCCCUGUGUGCUCCCUGCAGAGGGACCUGCAUGGUCCUGGUGUCCUGGAACGGGUGGAGCGGCUGAAGCAGGACCUCCUGGCCAAGGUGCGAGUGCUGGGCCAGGAGCUGCCGGUCAACACCCUGGACGAGCUCAUCGACCAGCUGGGGGGUCCUGAGCGAGUGGCGGAGAUGACUGGCAGGAAAGGCCGUGUUGUGUCCAGGCCCAACGGGACAGUGGCCUUCGAGUCACGGGCAGAGCAGGGCCUGUCCAUUGACCAUGUGAACCUCAGGGAGAAGCAGCGCUUCAUGAGUGGAGAGAAGCUCGUGGCCAUCAUCUCUGAGGCUUCCAGCUCUGGCGUCUCGCUCCAAGCAGACCGCAGGGUCAGGAACCAGCGGCGGCGUGUACACAUGACUCUGGAGCUGCCCUGGAGUGCUGACCGUGCCAUCCAGCAGUUUGGCCGCACCCACCGGUCCAACCAGGUCUCAGCGCCCGAGUAUGUGUUCCUCAUCUCCGAGCUGGCCGGGGAGCGCCGGUUCGCCUCCAUCGUGGCCAAGCGGCUGGAGAGCCUGGGCGCCCUGACCCACGGAGACCGCCGUGCCACUGAGUCCCGGGACCUGAGCAAGUACAACUUUGAAAACAAGUACGGUGCCCGGGCCCUCAGCCGAGUCCUCAGCACCAUCCUGAGCCAGACAGACAGCAAGGUGCCCCUGCCCCGCGGCUACCCUGGAGGGGAUGCGGCCUUCUUCCGGGACAUGAAGCAAGGCCUGCUGUCAGUCGGCAUUGGCGGGCGGGAGUCUCGGUCCGGCUGCCUGGACGUGGAGAAGGACUGCUCCAUCACCAAGUUCCUCAACCGCAUCCUGGGGCUGGAGGUCCACAAGCAGAACGCGCUGUUCCAAUACUUCUCAGACACCUUUGACCACCUCAUCGAGAUGGACAAGAAGGAGGGCAGAUACGACAUGGGCAUCCUGGACCUGGCUCCCGGCAUUGACGAGAUCUACGAGGAAAGCCAGCAGGUGUUCCUGGCCCCUGGGCACCCGCAGGACGGGCAGGUGGUCUUCUAUAAGAUCAGCGUGGACCGUGGCCUGAAGUGGGAGGAGGCGUUCGCCAAGUCGCUGGAGCUGACAGGCCCCUAUGAUGGCUUCUACCUCUCCUACAAGGUUCGGGGCAACAAGCCCAGCUGCCUCCUGGCAGAACAGAACCGUGGCAAGCAGUUCACCGUGUACAAGCCUAACAUCGGCCGGCAGAGCCAGCUGGAGACCCUGGACAGCCUGUGCCGCAAGUUCCGGCGGGUUACUGCAGAGGAGGCCCGGGAGCACUGGGAGAGCGGCUACGCCUUCUCGCUGACACACUGCAGCCACACUGCAUGGAACCAGCACUGCCGGCUAGUGCAGGAGGGCAAGGACUGCACGCAGGGCCUGCGGCUGCGGCACCACUACAUGCUGUGCGGGGCCCUGCUCCGCGUGUGGGGCCGCAUUGCCGCUGUCAUGGCUGACGUCAGCAGUAGCAGCUACUUGCAGAUUGUGCGUCUCAAAACCAAGGACAAGAAGAAGCAAGUGGGCAUCAAAAUACCUGAGGGCUGCGUGCGCCGCGUGCUGCAGGAGCUACAGCAGAUGGACGCAGACGUCAAGCGCCGGAGUGCUUGCGGCCCGGGCCUUGCCGCCCCCACACAGAACGUGCCGCGCGCGCUGGAGCUGCCCUACGGCCCUGGCGAGGUGCUGGACCUCACCUACAGCCCACCAGCGGAAGCCUUCCCACCACCUCUGCAUUUCGCCUUCCCUGCGCCGCCCCCAGACCCUGGUGCGCUGCUGCUGGGCACCCGGGACUCUGUGGCCGACCCUGCCACACUGGCGCACCAGGGCUGCGAUAUCAACUUCAAGGAGGUGCUGGAGGACAUGCUGCGCUCCCUAAACGCUGGGCCUGCAGAGCCCUCGGGCCCGCUGGGUGCAGGCGCUGCAGGCCCAGAGCGGCAGAGUGUGAUCCAGUUCAGCCCGCCUUUUCCCAACUCCUAGACUGCUGCCCGGCUGGCACCUCCUGAACGAUGGCUGUCCAGCUGCUGCACUACAGCAGCUUCCCUGGGAGCCGGCAGGAGCCCCGGCAGGAGCCCCAGCGGACCCUGCGACCACUGAGGGCCCACCAGCACCCUGCAGUGCCUUCCCCACCGACUGGCAGGCCCACUCAGGACUCCCCGGGUGCAGGGCCCUCAGCCAGGCCCCACAGGGCCACCCAGCCCAGGCCCUAAAGCUGCAAAGCUGGUGGUCCCAACUCAGGAAACCCCGGUGCUCAGGCCCCGCCACUCGGGGCUCCGUGGGGCAGAUCCCCAUUAAUAUAUAUGCAAUCCCUUCCCCUCGCUCCCUAAAUUAUUGCCUGGCCACCUCUCCCUGGCCCCAGAUCUGCGGGCAGGUGGCCUCUAGUUUUGAAGUAUUUAUAAUGCACUCUAGUGUACAUAUGUAAAGAGAUCUUUUCUAAAUACACGUGCCUUUUGCCUA